CUGCAAAUCGGAUCUAGCUACAAGAACGUCAUCAACAUAGAGAAGCGAAUUGCUUGCAGAGUGGCUGAGCGGAGGAAGACAACAGGUGGAUUUUGUUUGCCGUCCUUUCUUGUGAACGGAAAGUCUAUUUACUUUGCUGCAGAUAAUAUCUACUUCUUAGAAAACACAGCUGAUGGUCAGAACACUCUUCAUGGUACGAUGCUAGUGAUCAAUCAAAACAAGGACAGCAACAAUGAUGAAACUGCUUGA